ACGCCCCUUCCGCUCUUGCCUGACUGGGGUCUGUGAGGCUGCCGGAAUCGUCUCGGACGCGGCCACGUGGUACGCUUCUCUUUGGCGUGCGCUGCAAUCCCCCCCCCUCCUUCAAACCCCCUAUCCCCCGUGGCGUAUUUGCUGGUUUUGUGGGGUCCCAGUAUUCCCAAGCUCACUCAGCGCGGCACGGCGGCGCGGGGAGUGGCUAGUCCCCUCCGUGGACCCAGCGCACGGGCACCCCUGGGAUCUGGGCCCGGGAGGCACCGCCCUCCGCCGGCCCAGCUUGCUUUCCCACACCGCCCAGACGCUGCGAACCGCUGGGAUCGCGGUAGAGUUCGGCUUCGCAAAGAGCUGGGCGCUGGGGCCCAUGCUGGUGCACUCCUGCAGGCCCUCGCCAUGGCCUCCGGGAGCGUGGCGGAGAGCUUACAGCAAGAGACCACCUGCCCCGUGUGCCUGCAGUACUUUGCCGAGCCCAUGAUGCUCGAUUGCGGCCACAACAUCUGUUGCGCGUGCCUCAUCCGCUGUUGGGGCGCGGCGGAGACCAACGUGUCUUGUCCGCAGUGCCGGGAGACCUUCCCGCAGCGGCACAUGCGGCCCAACCGGCACCUGGCCAACGUGACCCAACUGGUGAAGCAGCUGCGCACUGAGCGGCCGUCGGGGCCCGGAGGGGAGAUGGGCGUGUGCGAGAAACACCGCGAGCCCUUGAAGCUGUACUGCGAGGAGGACCAGAUGCCCAUCUGCGUGGUGUGCGACCGCUCGCGUGAGCACCGCGGCCACAGCGUGCUGCCGCUGGAGGAGGCGGUGGAGGGUUUCAAGGAGCAAAUCCAGAACCAGCUGGACCAUCUAAAAAGAGUGAAAGACUUAAAGAAGAGGCGUCGGGCACAGGGGGAGCAGGCACGAGCUGAACUCUUGAGCCUGACCCAGAUGGAGAGGGAGAAGAUCAUUUGGGAAUUUGAGCAGCUUUAUCACUCCCUAAAGGAGCAUGAAUAUCGCCUUCUAGCCCGCCUUGAGGAACUGGACUUGGCUAUCUACAACAGCAUCAAUGGUGCCAUUACACAGUUCUCUUGCAACAUCUCCCAGCUCAGCAGCCUGAUCACCCAGCUGGAAGAGAAGCAACAGCAGCCCACCAGGGAACUCCUGCAGGACAUCGGGGACACAUUGAGCAGGGCUGAAAGAAUUAGGAUCCCUGAACCUUGGAUCACACCUCCAGAUCUGCAAGAGAAGAUCCAUAUUUUUGCACAAAAAUGUCUCUUCAUGACUGAGAGUCUGAAGCAGUUCACAGAAAAAAUGCAGUCAGAUAUGGAGAAAAUCCAAGAAUUAAGAGAGGCUCAAUUAUAUUCAGUGGAUGUGACCCUGGACCCAGACACAGCCUACCCCAGCCUGAUCCUCUCUGACAAUCUGCGGCAAGUGCGGUACAGUUACCUCCAGCAGGACCUGCCUGACAACCCUGAGCGCUUCAAUCUGUUUCCCUGUGUCUUGGGCUCUCCAUGCUUCAUCGCUGGGAGACAUUAUUGGGAGGUAGAGGUGGGAGAUAAAGCCAAGUGGACCAUAGGGGUCUGUGAAGACUCAGUGUGCAGAAAAGGUGGGGUAACCUCUGCCCCCCAGAAUGGAUUCUGGGCAGUGUCCUUGUGGUAUGGGAAGGAAUACUGGGCUCUUACCUCCCCAAUGACUGCCCUCCCCCUGAGGACCCCUCUUCAGCGGGUGGGGAUUUUCUUGGACUAUGAUGCUGGUGAGGUGUCCUUCUACAAUGUGACAGAGAGGUGUCACACCUUUACUUUCUCUCAUGCUACCUUCUGUGGGCCCGUCCGGCCUUACUUCAGUCUGAGCUACUCAGGAGGGAAGAGCGCAGCUCCUCUGAUCAUCUGCCCCAUGAGUGGGAUCGAUGGGUUUUCUGGCCAUGUUGGGAAUCAUAGUCAUUCCAUGGAGACCUCUCCUUGAGGAGGUACAAGUCAGAAGGGCUAUUGGCCGUAAUCCUACCCCAGACAUAAAGGAUCUUGUUGCCUUGCCACUUCCUGUCCUUCACAGCUGGAUAUCCUUACCACUUUCCAUGCCCCUGCAGUGGGAGGCAGGAUGUCCAUGGUCUCUGUCAUCCUCUCCCCACAAAAAUUAUGAGAUGUAACGAGAAGCAUCAAGAUUGUUCAGAAAUAAAAAUCAGAUGUCCAUC